AUGUGGUCGGGAUUAAUGCUUGCACUCGCGAUCGCAUCAGUCAUAGUGAUCGACGCGCUGCCCUCCAGACUCAAUGGUAUUGUCAAAGAAGAUCUGGUAAGUCAAAAAUGCAUUUAAAUCUUUAAUUUUGCAUUUGAAAAACAUUGUUUAAAAAAAUUUAGCACUAAAAUGACUUUGUUUAAUCUAGCAGCUGCAAAAAGUGCAAAAAGUUUUAAAAUGCUAAUUUUUUUAAAUUUGGGCUUUAAUAGACAUAGCUUUGCCUUGUAUAAUAUAUCUAUUUAGACGGAGCCACAAAAAGAUCAGUUCGUCUACUUAUCAUCACCUGAAGUGCUAGAUUAUGCAGAAAGAUUCUCAGAGCCGGAUAUCAGAAAUGAAAAGCGAAGUGUUGCUAUCAGCAGACUAAACUUCAGGUGAGCUUUACAUCUAUCUUAACCUAGUCAAAAAUCAAACGUUUUCCACCCCUACAAAACCGUCAGUUACCCAUACCUCAACUAUAACAAAUCCUCAUAUCAUUAAUUUACUCAUACCCUAUCACAACAUAUCCUCAUGGCAUUAAUUUCCAGACCUGGAAAACGCUCAAUAAUGCCCGGCAACCUCCAACCCGUAGACAUGUUCCAGCCCACGAUGCGGCUAAACAAACGAUACGUUCUGGCUAGGACAGGCUUUCGUCCGGCCCGAAAAUAG